AUGGCUACUAGUGGUAGUGGCGGGCCAUCUGCUAGCACUGGAGCAUCAACAUAUGAUCCAAGCAAAGAUCCAACUAGGAAGGCCAAAUCAAAAGACCCCGGGUGGAAGUAUGGAUAUUUGCCAGAUCUUAAUGAUAAGAACUUAGUGCGAUGUACACUUUGUGGAAAAGAUGCCAAAGGAGGAAUCAAAAGGCUUAAGCAACAUUUAAUUGGUGGGUAUGGAGAUAUAUCAAAGUGCCCAAAAACAAUUGCAGCAAUCGCUAGAGAGAUGCAUGAAGCUAUCAUGCGAAAUCAGAAGAGGAAGCCUUAUGUAUUUGAUGAGGAUUAUUCUGUUGAUCAUCAGCAGGGAGAGGAUUUGCUUGAAGAGAUAGAAAGUGGAGGGCAACUCCAGUCUGUAAAGGGUCCGAUAGAUUCUUAUCUUCGACGGACUCCUGAAGAAAUAGUUGGUGAGAGGAGGUCUAAAGGUUCUACCCAGACAACAAUACAAAGCAGCUUAAGAUCAAAUGCAGACAGAGAGAAAACUAAUGCAUAUGUUGCAAAAUGGUUUUAUAAAACUGGCAUCCCAUUCAAAACAGUCAAGUUAAGGAGCUUUGAGGAGAUGGUUGAAGCCAUUGCGCAGUUUGGGUCAGGAUAUAAGCCCCCUUCUUACCAUGAGUUGAGAGUGCCCUUGCUACAGGAUGAAAAAGCUCAGAUUGACUAUAUCAAGAAGAAAUAUGAAGAUUAUUGGAAAAUGCACGGGUGCACUCUUAUGUAUGAUGGGUGGACUGACAAGAGAGGUAGACACUUGAUUAAUUUCCUUGUCAAUUGUCCAUUGGGGACUUAUUUUAUGGGCUCUGUAGAUGUAUCUAGUGAGUCUCAAUAUGCAGACAUGUUAUUUCAGCUGCUUGAUAGUAAAAUUGAAGAAAUUGGGGAGGAUAAUGUGGUACAAGUAGUUACAGACAAUGCAGCUAAUUAUGUUGCAGCUGCUCAUUGUUUGGACCUCAUGUUAGAAGAUAUUGGCAAGUUGAAAGCUUAUAAAACAACAAUAGAGAGGGCAAAAACAAUGACAAGUUUUAUCUACAGACAUUACAAACUCGUUGAUGCUUUGAGGAAAAAGACAAAUGGAAUAGAUCUGGUGAGGUCUGGAGUUAAAAGAUUUGCUACCUCAUUCUUGACACUACAAAGUUUGUACAAGAACAAGGAUGCCUUGAAGCAAUUAUUUGUAUUUGAUGAUUGGAAUAGUUCUAAGUUGUCCAAGACAGAGGCAGGUAAGAAAGUACUUGAGACAAUACUUGCACAAACAUUCUGGAACAGUGUACUAGAUUGCUUAAGAGCAUCCCAACCAAUUUUAGUUGUCUUGAGGGGGAGGGCCACUAUUGAGGAAUCGUCAGAUGAUGAAGUUGAAGAAGAGGUCGACGAUGUGGUGCGUGAUGAUGAAGAUAUUGAAGAAGACUUUGGUGAUGGGCCAACUGAUUCUAUGAGUCAACAACAACAGGAGGGAGAAGAAGUGUUUUUAAUUCUCCCCAGGGGGUCAAACAUUAAAAUAUCAUGGUUCAUGGACUCAUGGUCUAUGAUGGACUUUGUGGAUCUUGUUUUGGGCAUCAUAGAGGUACCUUUUGGAUAUUCAAGGAAAGAUGUACUAUUGAUUGGGGUUGGAGUAACGGUUCUUGGAAUUGGAUUAAAGAGUGGGUUAGAGUUUGUUGGAGUUGAUCCUUUACAAGCAGGAAAUGUUGUUCAGCUGGUACUGGUCUUGGGUCUAACCAUUGGGUGGAUUUCUACAUACAUUUUUAGAGUCUCAAACAAGGAAAUGACAUAUGCUCAGCAGCUCCGUGAUUAUGAGAACAAAGUCAUGCAGAAACGGUUAGAAGGACUAACAGAAGCAGAGCUUGAGGCAUUGCUGGAGCAAGUUGAGGAAGAAAAAAACCGCCUUGCAAGUGGUGAGAAGCUUAACUGAAAUGCCAUUAUCUGAUGGAUAUUUCCUGUAUAGAAGUAGCUCUUCAAGCAGCGGCAAAGUAGCGAUGGAAAAAUAUGGCCUGGCUUAAAUAAGUCUGCUCUCUCGUCAUGUGGUAGACAUGCAUAGCACUGGUUUGAUGUGGAGUACCUCGUACAUCUCUUUGUCAACUCCCAAUACAAGCAUGGGAAGUGGAUAAAAAGUGUCCACAGGUUCUUUUAGUGUGAAGAAUGUCAUUUUAUUGUAAUGGAAUCUACUAGCAUUUUCUAGUAUUUGUUCAGUUUGGAUUUCUGUUGCUCUUCCCUGAUUGUGGAUAGAAAUGGUUUGGUGUAGAGUAGCUCAUACAUCUCAUAGUCAAUUCCCCAUAUAGGCAUAGGAGGUGGAUAAAAAGUUUAAAGAGUCAUUUUAUUGUAAUGGAAUCUAGUAGCAUUUUUCAGUUUUUGUUCA